UUGAAACUAACUUAUACACAAACCAAGCAAAUUAAACAAAUAUAUGGUGGAGUACAACUGUAGAAGUGUGAAGUGAAGCUCACAUCGGGUAAAAGUGAAAAAGUUUAAUACCAUAUAAGUGAAAAAAAGACUCAUAAACUUGAUUUGAACCUUUAGGUUUUGGGUUGGAGUGUGAUGUCAGAUUUCCUUAUGUGGUGGAUCGUGGUCUACAUGUGUAAAUCACUGACAUAACUCCUUCUAUUUUUAUUUUAUUUUAUUUAAAAAAAUUUAGAGAGGCACUCACCCCUAGUUAGCAUAAAGAAAAAAUGUUUCUUCAGAAUGUAAAAUAAACACAAACGGACAAAUUGGAGUUGAAGAAUUAGAUUAUAUGUCGUAAAUUAACAUUUUUUUAGGGGAACUAGUUGCAAGGAUUUAUUUUGAUUAGUUUCAAAACACGUUACUAUGGUUGAACAGCAGAAGAAAAAAAAAAAAAAAAAGACUAUAUGCACCAAUGAAAGAGUUGCCGUAUAGUUCAGCUUACUCAUGCUAGCAAGGCUGCCAAUAAAAUAAAUGUAGAUCACGAUAGGGCGGUAGAUAUGAGUGGGGAAGGAAAACAACUAGUAUUAUAUACUAGUCUUUUUUCUUUCUCUCUUUCUCUCUGCCGUAUAGUUCAGCUUAUCCAUGCUAGCAAGGCCUACCAAUAAAAUAAAAGUAGAAGACAAUAUGUCGGUAGAUAUGAGUGGGGAAGGAAAACAACUAAUAUUAUAUACUAAUCUUUUGCUAAGUUUGACCUGAAACAGUAGAAAGGAGUUAAAUGACAAGGGAGCUAGUAUAUACAUAGAGAAAGACUUGAGCAGCAUCGAGAGAGAGAGCAAUACAAAGUGAAGCAGCAUAAGCAUACUUGAGUCUAGAGAUAGCACAAGGGGGUGGCGAUGGAUGUGAUAGCUAAUGUCCCGGGUGUUUCUGAAAUUGCUAAUUAUGUGAUUACAUUUAUUAAGGGUCAAAUUGGGUACAUAUCCUCCUACCAGGAAAACCUUCAAAAGCUUAUAACCGAGGUUCAAACUCUGAAGGAUACUCAAGAUGGUGUGCAACACCGGGUUGUUGAGGCUGAAAGGAACGGAGACAAGAUUGAAAAUAUUGUACAGAACUGGCUCAAGAAUGCAAAUGAGAUUGUUGCUGCGGCAAAUAAAGUUAUUGAUGUUGAAGGAGAUAGAUGGUGUCUGGGACAAUAUUGUCCCUAUCUGUGGACAAGAUGUCAGCUGAGCAAGAGUUUUGAAAAAAUGACAAAAGAGAUUUCAGAUGUCAAAGAGAAAGGAAAAUUUGAUUCAAUUUCUUACCGUGAUGCCCCUGAUGUCACAAUUACACCAUUUUCUAGAGGUUAUGAAGCACUGGAGUCCAGAACAUCAAUGCUGAAUGAGAUUAAGGAAAUUCUUAAGGAUCCUAAAAUGUACAUGAUUGGUGUGCAUGGCAUGGGUGGCGUGGGUAAAACCACUCUUGUGAAUGAGUUAGCUUGGCAAGUAAAAAAAGAUGGAUUAUUUGUUGCUGUAGCCAUAGCCAAUAUAACCAAUUCUCCAAAUGUGAAAAGAAUUCAAGGCCAAAUUGCUGAUGCUUUGUUGGAUCGGAAACUUGAAAAAGAGACAGAAGGUGGAAGAGCAACAGAACUGCGUCAAAGGAUAAAAAAACAGGAGAAAGUUCUUAUUAUUCUAGAUGACAUUUGGAGUGAACUUGAUUUGACAGAAGUGGGAAUUCCUUUUGGUGAUGAACACAAUGGUUGCAAAUUGGUGAUAACUUCCAGAGAACGUGAAGUGCUGAUAAAGAUGGACACUCAAAAAGAUUUUAAUCUUACAGCUUUACUGGAGGAGGAUAGUUGGAAUUUGUUCCAGAAAAUAGCAGGUAAUGUUGUUAAUGAAGUUAGUAUAAAACCAAUUGCAGAAGAAGUGGCAAAAUGUUGUGCUGGUUUGCCUCUUUUGAUCACAGCCGUUUCAAAGGGUUUGAAAAAAAAGGAAGUCCAUGCUUGGAGGGUUGCCCUAAAACAACUAAAGGAAUUUAAGCAUAAAGAGUUGGAGAAUAAUGUCUACCCUGCUUUGAAGUUAAGUUAUGAUUUUUUAGAUACAGAGGAAUUGAAGUCACUAUUCUUAUUCAUUGGUUCAUUUGGACUAAAUGAGAUCCGCACUGAAGAUUUGUUUAGAUGUUGUUGGGGGUUGGGCUUUUAUGGUGGCGUGGACAAAUUGAUGGAGGCAAGAGACACACAUUACACAUUAAUAAAUGAGCUUAGGGCCUCUUCAUUAUUGCUUGAAGGUGAACUUGAUUGGGUUCGAAUGCAUGAUGUUGUGCGUGACGUGGCUAAAUCAAUUGCAUCUAAGUCUCCUCCGACCGACCCGACCUAUCCCACCUAUGCAGAUCAGUUUCGCAAGUGCCAUUAUAUUACAUCUGAGUCUUUGACUGAAGUCCGAGAUGAUAACGUUUUCUCUGGUAUGGGAGAAGCGAUGACUUUGAGUGUAUAUAAAAUGUCCUUCACCCCUUUCCUACCCCCUUCUCUCAAUAUCUUGAUAAGCCUUCGCUCAUUGAAUCUAAAUAGCUGUAUAUUAGGAGACAUAAGGAUAGUGGCAGAACUCUCAAAUUUAGAAAUUCUUUCCUUGGCGGGGUCUAGUAUUGCAAAGCUCCCAGAAGAAAUAAAACAUCUGACUCGUCUUCGUUUGCUAAAUUUAACACACUGCGAUUCACUAAGAGUAAUUCCUACAAAUCUUCUAUCAGGUUUGAUGUGCUUAGAAGAAUUGUACAUGAGUGGUUGCUAUAACAUUGAAUGGGAGGUUGAAGGAAGAAAAAGUGAUAGCAACAAUGCUAACGUACGUGAGUUACAGAAUUUGCAUAAUUUGACAACUUUGGAGAUAUCAUUCAAAGAUACUUCGGUUUUGCCAAUGGACUUCCAGUUCCCUGCAAAUCUCAAAAGAUACGACAUAUUGAUUGGGAGUUGGCAGUUAUUUUAUUUAUGGUAUGUUGGAGGUCUCGAAAGAACACUCAAGCUCACAGGCAAUUGGUGGACGAGCAGAUCGUUGUUCAACACAGUUGAGGAGUUGAGCUUUGCUGAAUUAAAGGGUGUUAAGGAUUUGUAUGAUUUGGAUGUGGAAGGUUUUCCUCGAUUAAAGCAUCUGUAUAUCCAAGACAAUUAUGAAUUGUUGCACCUCAUUAACCCAAGAAGGUUGGUGAAUCCCCAUUCUGCAUUUCUCAAUUUGGAGACUUUGGUUCUUGACGAUCUAUGUAAGAUGGAAGAAAUAUGUCACGGUCCAAUGCAGACACAGUCUUUUGCAAAGCUAAAAGUUAUUAAAGUUACAUCAUGCGAUGGGUUGAAGAACCUAUUUUUGUAUUCCCUCACAGGAAACCUUCCUCAACUUCGUCAGAUGCAAAUUUCUAAUUGUAGAGGUAUGACAGAGAUCAUAGCUAUGGAAAGACAAGAGGAUCGAAAAGAACUUCAACAGAUUGUUCUGCCUGAAUUGCAUUCUGUCACUUUACAAGGUUUACCAGAGCUUCAGAGUUUCUAUUGUUCUGUAACAGUGGAUCAGGUUAAUCCAUCCGGUCAGAACAAUACUUUGACACUGUUUAAUCAACAGGUGGUGACCCCUAAACUUGAAACAUUGGAGUUGUAUGACAUGAAUUUAUGCAAGAUAUGGGAUGACAAACUUCCGGUCGUUUCAUGCUUUCAAAACUUGACGAGUUUGAUAGUUUACGACUGUAAUCGUUUGAUAAGUUUGUUUCCAUCUGGGGUGUCAGAAGCACUGGUCAAACUAGAACGUGUUAAUAUUUAUCAGUGCAAAAGGAUGAAAGCGAUAUUUGCACAAAAAGAGGUUCAAUUUCCAAACUCGCAGACAGUGGAAAUCAGCAUCAAGAAUGAUCGAGAAUCAAUACGGACUAAUCAAGUGCCUCCAAAUUCCUUUCAUCACAAGCUGGAGAUUGACAUUGAUCGCUGUAAAAGCAUGGAUUUUGUCGUUCUCCCUGAAUUGCGUGCUGUCAUUUUACGAGAUUUACCUGAGCUUCAGAGUUUCUAUUGUUCUGUAACAGUCGAUCAGGGUAAUCCAUCCAGUCAGAGCAUUUCUUUGGCACUGUUUAAUCAACAGGUGGUGACCCCUAAACUUGAAACAUUGGAGUUGUAUGGCAUGAAAGUAUGCAAGAUAUGGGAUGAUAAACUUUCCGUCCAUUCAUGCUUUCAAAACUUGACGCAUCUGAGAAUUACCCGUUGUAAUCAUUUGACAAGUUUAUUCUCAUGUGGAGUGACAAGAGCACUGGUCAAACUACAGCAUGUUAUGAUUUCCUCGUGUGAAAGGCUGAAAAUGUUAUUUGCCCAAGAAGAGGUUGAAUUUCCAAACUCGGAGAUAGUAGAAAUCAGCAUCAUGAAUGAUUGGGAAUCAAUACGGCCUAAUCAAGUGCCUCCAAAUUCCUUUCAUCACAAGCUGGUGAUUUACAUUGAUCGCUGUGAAAGCAUGGAUUUCGUCUUUCCCAUAUCUGCGGCUAAAGAGCUUCGGCAGCACCAAUUUCUUGAAAUAAGAUCGUGUGGCAUAAAGAAUAUUUUUGAGAAAAGUGAUAUGACGCAUGUUUACCUUGAAAAAAUAAUUGUAAAGGAGUGUACAGGCAUGAAGACCAUAAUUCCAUCCUGUGUGCUAUUUCAGUUUUUAGCUGAAUUGAUUGUGUUCAGUUGUCAUACACUGCUAAAUAUUAUAAGGCCAUCAACAACCACAAGUUUACCAAAACUCCGCAUUUUAAGGAUAAGGGGAUGUAAUGAGCUAGAGGAAAUUUGCGGAAGCAGUAAUGAGGGUGAUGGAGCAGUACUGGAUGAGAUUGCUUUUAUGAAAUUGGAGGAAUUGACAUUGAACAACUUACCGAGGCUCACAAGCUUUUGCCAGGGAAGUUACGACUUCAGGUUUCCAUCACUACAAAUAGUACGUUUGGAAAAUUGUCCAAUGAUGGAGACUUUUUGUCAGGGAAAUAUAACCACACCAAGCCUCACAAAGGUGGAAUAUGGAGGUUACGACUACAGGGAUGAAGAUCAUUGGUAUGGCGACCUUAAUACUACUGUUAGAACAGUUUUCACUAAAAAGUAUCGAGACAUGGAGAAACUGGUUAUCGGAGACAACCGUAAUUUGCAGUCCAUAUGGCCUAAUCAAGUGAUUCCAUAUUCCUUUCCUAACCUGACGCAAAUUGACAUUUGUUCCUGUAAAGGCCAGUAUGUCUUUCCCAUCCAUGUAGCCAAAGUGCUUCGGAAGCUCCAAGUUCUUAAAAUAAGCUCGUGUACCAUAGAGAAUAUUGUUGAAGAAAGUGAUAGUACUUGUGAUAUGACGGUUGUUUAUCUUGAAGUACGGUAUUGUCAAUAUAUGAUGACCAUAGUCCCAUCCUCUGUUCAGUUUCAUUCUUUAGAUGAAUUGCAUGUGUCCAGGUGUCAUGGACUAGUAAAUAUUAUAAUGCCAUCAACAAUCGCAAACUUACCAAAUCUCCGCAUUUUAAUGAUAAGUGAAUGUGAUGAGCUAGAGGAAGUUUAUGGAAGCAAUAAUGAGAGUGAUGAACCACUGGGCGAGAUUGCUUUUAUGAAAUUGGAGGAAUUGACAUUGAAAUACUUACCGUGGCUCAAAAGCUUUUGCCAGGGAAGUUACAACUUCAAGUUUCCAUCAUUACAAAAGGUACAUUUGAAAGACUGUCCCAUGAUGGAGACUUUCUGUCAUGGAAACUUAACCACAACAAGCCACAUUGAGGUGCGAUGCCUAUAUGUAUCGAGUAAUGAAGAAUCAGAAGAUCAUUGGGAUGGUGACCUUAAUACUACUAUUAGAACAAUUUUCACUAAAAAGUAUGCAGAAAACAGAACAAGAUCGAAUUCAUCAUUAGUAUGAGACGACGGCUGAAUAUGUCUAUUAUUAAGACACUGAGCGGUACUGGGUUUGAUUUGAAUUUUACACAUCCGACACUUGCCUUUUGGCCAGCGAGUCCUUGCCAAUAAAUUGACAUUUUGGUCUCUUCCAUGCUUGUCAUCAACAACAAAACUUAAAUGUUUUCAUAUUUCUUUUUUGUAUUUAAAUAUUGAACUUUAUGUAACAAUCUGAGAUGUAAAAUUUAUUUUUCUUGUCAUUGUAACGGUGUAUAUGUAACAUCCUUACAGAAAUCACUUGCUAUCUGAUUAAAUUACACUGUUUAUAGAAUCAUAAUGUAAAAAUCUGAGGUUGCUACAUAGUUGGGUUAAGCACGUGAAGUCAGGAAGCCCAAGUCAUAUUUGAUUGUGUAUCUUUUCAGAAUUAAGUUAAUCUUUUCAUCCCAUA